AUGAGGGACGAGCUGGGCCAACCCGCCAGGAGGUUCGAGGUUCACGAGCUGACGACCUUUGCUUCGUCAUCCAGCCUGGUGAAGUUACACGGCGAAGUCGGCUCGGAUAUGCAGGCGCUAGGUGGUCAGCCAAGAGAGGAACAGGUGUCCGGAACCCUCGAUGGGUCGGGAGGUGGAACCCGACUCAGUCACAGGAUGCCGGAAGGAUACGAGGUAAGGUCGGAGGCUCGGGCGAUUAAGGCGAUUCAGGUGGGCUAG